GGAGAAGUCUGUGGACACCCUCAUUCCAGUGUAGAUGCUUAGGAUAGUCGUGGAUGAAAGCCGAUUGAUCUCCUAUGUCCUUUCAGUUGUUUUCAUCUGAGCAUCACAAAAGCCAGAAUGUCUACAGAAACCUCCUAACAACAGGCAGCAGAACAUAAAAGUGUUUUCAAAGCCCUUUCACAGAGUAAUAUGCUGAGAAACACUUCAGCCUGACAGAAAAAGUCCUAGAAAGAAAAAACGCAUUAUUGCAAGAGACCUUCUACCCAAUGGGAAGGAUGAAAACACCCUCUUUAUGGUAUUUGACUGAAUUAAUUCAAUAUAAUUUGAGUGUAGUAGUUAUCUAUUUCUAAUGUGCAGAAUGUCUGAUGACUAAGAGCUCUAGAAAUACGUAGAUCUUUGGCAUCUGUCACAAAGAAUUAAUUAAUGAAGAAUGAAGCGAAAAAAUAAAUAAUCAAUGUUGUUCAUUUACCUGGACAGCUUAGUGGGUAUUUUUUCCAUUGAGCCGUAUGGGAAUCCCUUUAGUGUUCCCCUUCCUCCUACACCUUUUCAGUUAUUACAAGAGUUUGGAGAAUUGCUGUCCAUCACUUACUCUUGCUUCACUGAUUGCAGAGUUGGAUUGGUCAGCCAAAUGUACUGUAUUUUUUCUGCUUGCCAAAAUGUCAAAAACAGAAGAAUAUGAAUAGUGAGUACCAAGUGUCGGGUACAUUUCCUCAUUCAUAUGUGAACGUGGUUGUUUAGAUAAAAAAAAAUAUAUUUACUCUUCACUUAGGUUUGCUUUCAGGGCUUCCAACCUUAUCUUUGGCCUCUUGUAUUUUGCACUUCCUUCUUCCAUUCCAAUAAUGCUGGCCUUUGUGGAAAGACCUUCUAAGUCAUUCUUUUUCCCUUGGGCUCCUUGGAUGCAAUAGAUUUGUACGUUACAAUAACUGUGCCACAGAUUUUGACUGCUGAUAAUGCCAUUCAAACCUUGAUGGCUGUAAAGAAAAAGAGACCUAUGAAGCCACUCCCCCUCAGAAAUAGAGACUAUAUAUCCCGAUGGUUCUUUCCAUCAACAGCUCCUGAUGAGAUGGGUACCACCAAGAUAUUGAUGUGCUUCCUUUUGCUUGGUGCAGCAGUUCUGGAGGCCAGUCCAGGAAGACAUAUUCCAUAUAAAUCCCGUAAAAGAGGGAGAAGAGGAACCAGUCUCCACCUGGUCAAUGGAAGGCACAGAUGCGAGGGCCGUGUAGAGCUGUAUUAUGAAGGCCAGCUGGGGACAGUCUGUGAUGACCUCUGGGACCUCGCUGAUGCCCAGGUUGUGUGCAGGCAGCUGGGAUGUGGCCAGGCCAUUGCAGCUCCGGGCAGUGCUUACUUUGGCCACGGCUCAGGCAGCAUCCUGCUGGACGACGUGCGGUGCCAGGGAAAUGAGCUGGCCUUGCAGCAGUGCAGUCACAUUGGAUGGGGGAGACACAACUGCCGCCACCAUGAAGAUGCUGGUGUUGUCUGUUCAGAAUGGAACUCCACAGAACCCACUCCAUUGCCAGCAACGUGGCUGCCAGAGACAAGCUCCACGUUAGAAUCGACCCCUGUUAUACAGACCACUUCAUUACCACUGACAUCCACUCCGGAUUUGACAACUUCACGGUCAGCAACGUCUGCACCACAAACAACUCCUGCAACCUCCACAACACCAAUACCCAGCACAGGACUGAUAACAACCAGUGUGCCACAGACAGCUACCACAAUAGUCACAACAACCAUACCACACUCUAGCACUGCUCUGGAGACAAGUACUGAAAUGCCAACGACCUACGCAGCACAAAGCACCAUAAGGACAACAAGUGGAGUGCUGGAGACAAGCUUGCCCAUGGAUAUCAGCAUAGCAGGAACCGGUCUCCACCUGGUCAAUGGAAGGCACAGAUGCGAGGGCCGUGUAGAGCUGUAUUAUGAAGGCCAGCUGGGGACGGUCUGUGAUGACCUCUGGGACCUCGCUGAUGCCCAGGUUGUGUGCAGGCAGCUGGGAUGUGGCCAGGCCAUUGCAGCUCCGGGCAGUGCUUACUUUGGCCACGGCUCAGGCAGCAUCCUGCUGGACGACGUGCGGUGCCAAGGAAAUGAGCUGGCCUUGCAGCAGUGCAGUCACAUUGGAUGGGGGAGACACAACUGCCGCCACCAUGAAGAUGCUGGUGUUGUCUGUUCAGCUGUAGAUCCACCGAAUACGACGGACUGGCCCCCUUCAAUAGGACUGAGUGCCACAAUACCAUACCAUACAACAUCAGUCUCCCCCAUAGUGGAGACAAGUGCCUCAGUACCAGAGAUAUCGUUGGCAGAGACGAGCUCCCCAGUGGAGAUCAGCCCAGCAGGAACCGGUCUCCACCUGGUCAAUGGAAGGCACAGAUGCGAGGGCCGUGUAGAGCUGUAUUAUGAAGGCCAGCUGGGGACGGUCUGUGAUGACCUCUGGGACCUCACUGAUGCCCAGGUUGUGUGCAGGCAGCUGGGAUGUGGCCAGGCCAUUGCAGCUCCGGGCAGUGCUUACUUUGGCCACGGCUCAGGCAGCAUCCUGCUGGACGACGUGCGGUGCCAGGGAAAUGAGCUGGCCUUGCAGCAGUGCAGUCACAUUGGAUGGGGGAGACACAACUGCGGCCACUAUGAAGAUGCUGGUGUUGUCUGUUCAGGAGUGACCUCCACCACAGAGACAAGUGCCCCAGUAACAGAAAUAUUGUUGGCAGAGACGAGCUCCCCAGUGGAGAAUAACACUGCAGGCUCCCGUGUACGGCUGGCCAACGGCCGACAUGUCUGCGAGGGCCGCGUGGAGGUGCAGGACGGGCAGCGCUGGGGCACAGUGUGUGACGACUUUUGGAGCCUGAGGGACGCGCACGUGGUGUGCCGCCAGCUGGGCUGUGGGCCCGCCAUCACCGCCCCGGGCAGUGCUCACUUUGGUGCCGGCACAGGCCGCAUCCUGCUGGACAACGUGCAGUGCCGCGGGGAUGAGGCCUCCCUGCUGCACUGCCGGCAUGGCGGCUGGGCCGUGCACAACUGUAGGCACGCAGAGGAUGCCAGUGUCAUCUGUGCAGCUGCUGUGAGCACCCCAGUGCCAGUUGCAGCACCUUAUUCUUGCGGUGGCUUAAUUUCAAAUUCCUCUGGGAUGCUGCAGAGCCCAAACCACCCUGGAAGUUAUCCAAACAACGCUGACUGUGUGUGGGAAAUACAAGUACAGAAUAAUUUCCGUGUUAUGCUCACAUUUAGAGAUAUUGCGAUGCAGAGCAGCAGGUGCCAGUAUGACUACAUUGAAGUCUAUGAUGGGCCCCCACACUCCUCCCCCCUUCUUGGGAGAAUUUGUGCUGGUUCCUUUCUCACGUACACGUCAUCUUCAAACCUGAUGAGCGUUCGCUUUCACAGCGAUUCGAGAUACACAUCUAGAGGGUUUCAGGCCCACUACUCCUCCAUUCCAGCAGAUCACAACAUCGCCCUUAUGUGCUUGCCAGACUACAUGCAUGCAGUGGUGAGCAGGGACUACCUCCAGUCCCAGGGCUACUCUGCAGAGGGGGUCACGCUGAACGGCACUGGUUGUGAACCGACACUCACAUCCCGCGAGGUUGUGUUCAACAUUCCCUACAACAGAUGUGGGACGACACGAGAGGAAAACAAUGAUACAAUCAACUAUUCCAACAUGAUCAAAGUUAUCUCUUCUGGGCACAUAAUAAAGAGGAAAAAGGAUCUUCAGUUACAUAUCAGUUGCAAAAUGCUACAAAACACAUGGAUGCAAGUGAUGUAUGUUGCUGACGAUACUGUAGAUGUGAAUGAAAAUCAGUUUGGAAGAUAUGCUGUGAACAUUACGUUUUAUGAUUCCCCAUCAUUCUUGCGGCCAGUGCGUGACUCUCCAUACUACAUUGACUUGAACCAAAAUUUGUACCUUCAAGCUUACCUUCACAGCUCUGACCCAAACCUGAUGAUGUUUGUGGACACAUGUGUGGCAUCACCCGAUCCUCACGAUUUUAACACUCUGGCCUAUGAUAUAAUCAAGGAUGGAUGUGUCAGAGAUUCUUCCUAUACUACAUACUACUCCCCCUACAGCCACUUUGCUCGCUUCAAGUUUAACGCCUUCGAGUUCAUCAACCGCCACACAUCGGUCUACCUGCGGUGCGAGCUGGCGGUGUGCCGGCUGGGUGACUACUCCUCCCGCUGCUACCAGGGCUGCCUGAGCCGCUCCAAGAGAGAGGCAAGUUCUGCCCAGGAGAAAGUAGAUGUCAUUGUUGGACCGCUCAAGCUUCGAGAAGGAGAUGCUCAGAGCAGGAAUACUGGACUGGAUGUUUCCGUGCCUCCUCCCAACACGGUUUCCGUUGCGGGUAACGUGCUCGGGCCUCUCACUGCUGCUGUUGCCAUCCUGGCCAUCGUUGUCUUCGUUCUUGCUGGCUUUCUUCUGAGGCCUGCAAUGAAGAAACCACUUUUACAGAGGUUAAUGUGCUCAGACAUCUUGACUGUGAAGACCCAGAUGCAGGAGGACAGCCAAAACCUGCUGCUCCCCUUCCUCUUUGAGCUCCUGGGCAGCCUAGGAAGUGCGUUUUUGGAAGCUGACCCUGUGCGUCUCAGUUACAUGCUUAUAAAUUCUGAACCUGGUUUUAUCAGCACGAUAGGGAUCCCAGACAAAAUGGGUGGCACGCUGGCCAUCAUGUGGAUGCUACUGCUGCUUGGAGGGCGUCUGCAGGGGUCAGAACCAACCCUGAGGCUAGUGAAUGGGCAGAACAGAUGCCAGGGCCGCGUUGAAAUAUUUUACAAUGGAGCAUGGGGAACUGUCUGUGAUGACUCCUGGGACAUAGACGAUGCCAACGUGGUCUGCGUUCAGCUCGGGUGUGGACGGGCCACUGGUGCCGUGGGGGCAGCCCAGUUUGGUGAGGGCACAGGAGACAUCCUGCUGGAUGAAGUGCAGUGCCAAGGGAACGAGGUUCUCCUCUGGCAGUGCUCCCAUGAUGGAUGGCUCAACAGCAACUGCCUUCAUCAGGAAGAUGCCGGUGUCAUCUGUGCAGGUUCUUUGAUGUCUGAAAUUCCUGACACGUCCCUGAGGCUGGUGAACGGGAGGAACCGAUGCGAGGGCCGUGUCGAAGUCCAUUACCAGGGCAACUGGGGCACUGUCUGCGAUGACUCCUGGGACCUGCAGGAUGCCCAGGUGGUGUGCAGCCAGCUGGGCUGCGGCAGGGCUGUUACUGCACUAGGAAAUGCCAACUUUAGCCAAGGCUCAGGAGAGAUCCUCCUUGACGACGUGCAGUGCAGAGGGAAUGAGGCCUACCUCUGGGAGUGCCCCAGCAGAGGGUGGGCAGUCCAUAACUGCGCACACGUGGAAGACGCCGGUGUUGUUUGCUCAGCUUCCACAGGAUCUGAAGUGACAGACAUGUCAGUGAGGUUGGUGAAUGGAUGGAACCAGUGUGAAGGGCGUGUUGAAAUCCUUUACAAAGGAGCCUGGGGGACCAUUUGUGAUGAUUCCUGGGAUAUAAAUGAUGCAGACGUUGUCUGUAACCAGCAGGCUUGUGGACAUGCUGUAUCAUCUUCAGGAAAUGUCACCUUUACUCACGGCCCGAGAUAUAUUGUCAUGGAUGAUGUGCAGUGCAGAGGGAAUGAGAACUACCUGUGGGAAUGUUCUCACAGGGGGUGGUGUAGAGAGGAGUGUGACAGCCGGCGCGAUGCCAGCGUCAUUUGCUCAGCUUCUACUGGAACUGAAAUACCUGAGGUGUCCAUGAGGCUGAUAAAUGGCAGAAACAGAUGCGAAGGGCGGGUCGAAGUCUACUAUAAGGGAAGCUGGGGGACCGUAUGUGACGAUUUCUGGGACAUAAAUGAUGUGCAGGUCGUGUGCAGGCAGCUGGGAUGUGGAGAUGCUCUCUCUGCACUGGGAAAAGCACAUUUCAAUCCAGGGGCAGGGGACAUUUUCCUGGAUGAUGUGCAGUGCCAUGGAAAUGAAUCCUACCUGUGGGAAUGCUCUCACAGAGGAUGGGCCACACAUAACUGCAGGCACAGAGAAGAUGCCGGUGUGCGUUGCUCAGCUUCCAGGGGAGGCAGAACACCUGAAGUAGCUCUGCGCCUGGAGAAUGGUGGCAACCGAUGUGAGGGCCGUGUAGAAAUGUUUUACAGAGGACAGUGGGGAACAGUCUGUGAUGAUCGGUGGGACAUCGAGGAUGCUCGUGUUGUCUGCAGACAGCUGGGCUGUGGGCAGCCCAUCUCAGCACCAGGAGAUGCCCAGUUUGGGGAAGGCUCUGGGGUUAUUUUCCUGGAUGAGGUGCAGUGCAAAGGGAAUGAAGCUUAUGUAUGGGAAUGCUCCCACAGCGGUUGGUCAAGACACAACUGUGGCCACAAUGAAGAUGCCAGUGUUGUCUGUUCAGGGCCUGCAGCAUAAGCAGAGGAAAUAAAGAUGUGCAUUACCUUUAAGGCUGGUAAACUGCUGAGGCAUUAUCAUAAAUAAGCAAUAAACGCUUUCACUGCAUGACAUUGCUUACUGCUCAUCCUUCUUUUCUCCAUACCAAGACUCUAAUUGCAUUAUUUGUCCAAAAUGUCACAGUUAAACAGGAUAUCUGCUUUUCCACACAGUGUUUGUGGAAAGGAAAGCCAUCCCUUGCCAAUCUCUCACCCAACACACCUCCUUGGGGUGUGUGGGGCAGGAGAAGGUGGCACUCCAAGAUGUCCCACUGAAGCACACCUUGUUGAUCCCUUAAUAGGUCCUGUACCUACUUUGACUUUGUUAGUGUAGCUUCACGUGUGCAAGAUUGCACUGUGGAAAAAAAUAAAAAAGCCAUCAGUUUACAAACAAAAACAAUCUGUAUACCUGCUUUAUGUGUGAUUUUUCCUUUCACGUCCCAGUCACUCAUGCAGGAAGGAAAACAUUCCUAGUUAAUCAAUGUAGUUAGCUUGAUUGUUAUUAUUAUUUUUUCUAUUUAUUAAUUAAUCUUUCUUAUGUUGUUAAUUGUUCAUUUCAUUAUCUUCAAUUAGUAACUAAUAAAGCAAAGUUAGAAUCAUAGAAUCAUAGAAUCACCACGGCUGGAAAAGACCUCCAAGAUCCUCCAAGGGGCACUGGUGAUACUCUACGUGAUUAAACGAUGGCACUUGCUGAGAUAGAAGGGAUUUUCUCCGAAGCUGAGAAAGAUGUUGAGAAAACUUUAUCAAGGUUAUACCGUGUAAACAUCAAAAGAAGGAAAAACAGCAAGAAUGUGGCACAUGCCAAGAUAAGUAGCCCAUGUUGACAAGGAGUGCUAGCCAAUUAAGUUAUCUGGGUAACAGGAUUAAAUGACCUGUAGUUCUGCAUGUAGAGCCAAGACCAUUGGUACCCAUUUACAUUGGCACAGCCUUCAUCUCUGACAAAGGUUUUCUCUCACAGGAUUCACAGGGGUUGAUGAGGGGCUUCCAGAUACUGGAUGGCAACAACUUUCUUUCAACACAACAUCUCUGGGAGCAGGAAGCUGUACCCAGCACUCACUACUCAGUUUUGUGUACAGAAGAGGGCUUCCCAUGUAAAAGUCCCACUUUGCUUUAUGAAGAGAUUUGACAUAACUGUGGAGAACCCACUUGAAGGUUGUAUUGUCAAGGAUGUGGUUUAUUUCAACCUGGCUUUGCCAUUUUCUCUAGACAUUCUUUAGUGCACAAAAUGCAUUUCAGAACUUGCUGCAGUUGAAUUUAGCAGAAUGGCUGGCAGAGAGGAAACGUGAAAAAUGAAAGAACUGAAAAUCUUUCCUUACGUUCUUUCCGCAGAGUAAUGUGCAGCAAAACACAGGCAAGUUCUGCACACUCACCUGCUACACGUUUUCACCCUCAGCUAGAAGCAGCAACAAGCCACAGGCUUACACAGCAGCCACAUCCCCAGGCUGACUGAAGUCAAGGACCAGUACAUGGCAAUGGCUAUGGCAGCAUUCAAGUGGCAAUAUUGCAUGGCAUUUCAGUAAAUUCUUUCUGUUUCACUGCUGUUAAUUUGCAAGUAAUCUGCAAUGACCCAAAAAUGUAUUGACACGACCCACAACAAAUGUAGACCCAUGCAUCAUACUACGGGUUGACACACCAGUGUUUUCUUUAUCAGGGAAGAAGACAUACAGUUAAAUAUUUGUACAAAAAACACAUGGCUAGGAGAAACACCAACAGUGCUAGUUAAUCUGUCACAGAUAUGUCAGUAAGGUAAAUUCCUUACAAAUAUUGGUUAUGAGAGCUAUGACGUGUUGCGGUUUACAAUGCCACUAAGAUGCUGAAAGGGAAGAUGAAACGGGAGCUGCCUCAGGACGGCCAGGUUCUCCAAAAUGCCCUCUGACUUUGGCGGACAAGGAAUGCAAACAACCUACCUGCAGUCUGUAGCUGUCUCAUGCAUCAUUUAUUUUGCCCUCUGCUUACUUGUUAUGGUAUUUGCUACUGUUAAGGCCUCUAGGGACCCUAUGGAAGAUCUGUGUCGUCAGGUCAUGUUAUCCCAUAACACAUUCACUCGUCAAGGACAGUGCCUCGCUGCCCUCCAGUGGUAGCAGCCUCACAGCUGUAGCUCUGCAUUGUCAAUUUGCUUGUAGCCCCUCAAGCUCCAUCUUUAUGGAGUGCAUAGCACUACAGAUUUCCAUGAGAAUUGGAUGUAGUUUGAAAAAGCUGGAAGAAGCUUUGCAGGGAGGAGUAGGUGCAGCAAAGCGCCAGCGCUCUGCAAGGAGAGCUUAACAUCCACCCUCCAGUGUAAACCUAUUUCACCGUAGACAAAUACUCUUUGUUUUCAGAGUGAAUUUUGAUAGAUUUCUUUAAGGAGAUUUUCUGGGAAACAGCAUUGCAAUUCCAAGACUACAGAGGUCAGCCCUACUGUCAUCACUGCUGCUUCCUGCCAUGCAGGAUUAGUUUGCUUGCUUAGCUUUGGACUGAAGACUCACCACCUCCUCUUUAAUGGUGCCUUCGAUGUCCGUGAUGACAAGAGCUGCAAUGUUUAAUGUGGAGGCUGGCCACUCUUUCUCACCAAACACUAUGGAUUAGCUGUACAGAUCUGCUGCCCUUGCUCUCAUCUAUACCUACCACCACUGCUCCUCAGAUAGGGUACAAAACAGCCUGCAGUGAGAUCCAGUUUCACCAGGCAAGAGUGGGGAUGUGGAGCCUUUGGCCCUCUGCUGGGACCAAUGGCUCCUUUGCAAUCUGUUUUGUGAAGGAGAUUGAGGUAUGCUGAAAAAGAGAACCUUGAGGUUCUUCCAUGUUCUAUUUGUUGCCAAAAUUUAUUUUCAUUCAAAAGUGAGACAUGUUUGUAUAAAACAACUUAAUUGCUAUUAGGAAAGAAAACUGUUACAUACUGUACCAGGCCCAGCUUACAGCUGUUUGGAUAGAAAUAUUGAUAAGGAUCUACUAUAAACCCAUUUAGUCACUUCAGGAAAUGGCAACAGAGUUCAAGUAAUCCACACACACGGAACUGGGAGUUUAAACAUUUGACAUGACUGGUUUUGCUGAAGAAGGUAUUAGAAUGUAAGAACAUAGAUGUUUGGAUAGGCACAAUAUGUCACAGUGUGUUGAGAAAAUAAGAAAAGGCCUCAUGGAACAAAUGAAUUGAUGUUCGUUUUGAAAUCUGCUAAGAACCUUUAGUUUUGCUUUUUCCCUCUCUCUAGCUGAGACCCAGCUACUCCCUGUCAGUGCUUAAUGAGGCAGAGCUGGAGGCAUCCUUUGGGGUAUCAGCAGCCACAGUGUUUUGUCACCAUCACCUCAUGCCAGGGAGAAAUCUGUGGCUGAAGGGGUCGUGUUGGAUUCAUGGCUUUGUGAGAUGCAAAUCUUCUCCAGUUGUACGGUAUGGCCCUUCUAGGUGGGACUUUUUCAUGCAAAGCACCUUAUCUAAAAAGAUAUCUUGAAAGCUAAUGGUUAUCAAUAACCUCCAGCACAAUUUGUGGUAUAUUUCCUCUUCACAAUGAUUUUCUUUCAUGCUUUCUCGUAGUCCUUUAAUUUCUGCUAACACUGUCAUAUCUUUUGACUCUCCUCCUAUGAUCUGCUAUCUGUUACCAGCAGAAUAAAAACCUAUUGCUAGUUUUUCCCCUUCAGCUGACAAUUGCUUUGUGCCUCAAUUCUUUUGGAUCUCAGAGAUCCAAAAGCAUGCCUCAUAUUUCUCAAUAAUUCCAUAGUUAUGAAGGACAUACCACACAGGACUGUCAUAUAGCAUGUGUACUUGUCCUUUGAAGGAGAAAAUUUCAGACUAGUUUGUUCAGGAACACACCAGCUGUGAAACUGGUAGAUGGAGAAUGGGGAGUAAGCUGUCAGUAGACUCUACUGGUCUUCCCCAGGGCGGUGCAUGGCAGUGGGUCAUGCCACUCUGACUUUACAUACAGAUUCUUUGACUUGUACAGUUUUAGCUUUAUUUAACACCUUCUGGCCCUAUCCUACUCCAUUUCCUUGGCUGCUGUAGUUCAGCACUUGCCAUGCUAACUUACCCCCAGGAGAGUUCUUCCCACCCAAUUAUACCUUGGUCAUAUAGCUGUUUCAUUGCUCUGUAGGCUGCAAGUGAGAAAAGAGCUGACUGCAGAUCAGGAGAAUGACGGAGGGAUCUAGUUCCAGGUUGAGCAGGAGGGAUACAAAGAAGUGUAGAAAAUCCUUUUUGUAGGAAUAAUGUCUAGUGAUCAGAGAUAAUUUGCUUGAGACUUUUCUGAAAUCUUUUGGAUGCUAAUCUUCUGACACAUAUCUUGGCACAGCUGUAUGUUGGAAGCACAGUUAUACAUUGGAAACUCUCUUAACUGAUGGUACGAAAAACCUUACCAAACAGCCUAAUCUCCAAACAUAAAUCUUUGCUUCCUGGAAAAAAAAAAAAACAAACCAACCCACACCAACACAGAGCUACUGAAGUGCCAGGGGAGUGUUUGGGAAGAUCUCGGUAGACAGUCCGGAACAGUGGUGUGAUCGGGAUCUACUCAUCCGGAUGUCUGGAUAUACCCUGUAAAAUGAAAAUACUUGGUAAAUCAUUUCUUUGGCAUGGAUCUGGAAUUUGAAGAAGAGAGAUCAAAUUGCAAAGCACACACCUCUGGUGGAGACCAGAACUCAUUUAGUAUAAAUUCUCAAUCUUCACUGGUUUAGAACAGAUAACCACAAUGAAAAUGGACCUUCAAGUGAGUCUCACUUGGAUGCUUCUGCUAAGUACUUCUCUCCUAUGUGAACCAGCAAAUGGUUUCUGGUGGCAGUCAACAGAAGACAGUGAAGGUUCAGCCUCACCAUGGGCCAAAUUCGUAGAAUGGCUUAAGAAGACAAUUCAACC